CAUUAUCAAUCAUUGUUUAUUUUACAUAAGUACAUUAUUCACAAAAAAGAAAACAGCAUAGAAUCACAUUGUCGAUCUUUGUAAAUGUAACUAGUGGUUAAUGUUAUGUCUGUCUGCUAGUAAGUUUUGAUAGGUAAUAUCAGUUUAUUAUUAUUAAAUCAUUUUGUCUAUGACAUACUUUAUUGUCAGUUGUCACAACAUAACGAUCAGGUGUCAUGUGAGUCAGUGUCACUGUUAACAGUGAAAUCGAAACUUACACGGUGUACCUAAUUUUCAAUUGUCAUUUGUCAUAAUAUCUCAAGUCUCAAUACACACAUUUCAAUUUUAAAUAAUAAUUGACAUUAGAUGGUUUUUCGGUAGCUAACACGCGUGAGUCGAGUGUUAUUACAGUUUAUAAUUACAUUUUCUCACAGUGCCUAUUAAUAACUUGUGUAUAGCAGUUUUUAUUAUCUUAUUGGUGGUGGAGUAUUUUUACUAGUAUAAUAAGAAAAUAAAUCUGUUUUGAUUCUGGGCACCGGUCAUUACAAUAAUCACUUAUAAAUUCGUUUACACCGAUCAAAUGACACACUCUAAGCUUGUUGGUCUACUGAAACGUGACAUUGGCGAGUUGUGGUGCCCCUUCCACAGAAGCCACUAGAAAGAAUAGAAUAGAAUAAAUAAUAAUUAUUAAUUAAUAUGUUAUUUGCUUCAUUGCUCAUCAAUAGUUCAUAAUUUAAUACUUCAUUGAAGGGAAUGAUAACUUCAAGUUCAUAAUAAUAAACAUAAGAAAUAAGUAUCACAGAGGACUUUUAGAUUAACUUGAUAAAGUAUAUUUUUAUUCUAGUGAGGUUCAUCUCUUUCCAGAAGAUAAUUAUAUUAUAUUUUAUGAUCCCUGCUUAAUACUUUAGGAGGUUACCGACCCAAUCGAAUACUCUGCUGAGUCAGAGAAUAUGUAACAGUACAAGGCUGAGUGCUUAUCUUAAAAAAUAUUCUAUUAUUGUGUGACUCUUAAAUAGGUGAGCUUAAAUAAGCUAUAGCUGAAAUCUGAAGGACAAUGUCCGAAAAAAAAUGGAAAUCAAAAGAAAAAGAUGAACCGAAAGAUCAAAGAAAACGACAUGGUCGGCGACAAAAAGUUGAUGAUGAUAUUGAUAAGAAAAAUAAAGGACAAACACAACCAUUAAAAGAAAUGAAAUCAGAACCGCCUCCACCUGAAUUUUUCCAGAAUUUAAAAAGAGAAACAGAUGAAAUUUUAAAGAUAACAGAGGAAGUAAAUUCAAAGUAUAAGAAUAAAGAAAUUAAGAGUAACUGGGCCAAGUAUGAGAUGCAUAUUGAAAGUUAUGAUGAAAUUGAAGAGCGAGAAAAUUUAGGAGCUGAUUAUGAGACACUUGCACUGGCCCCGAUAUCAUUGGGUGGUCACUUUAAAUUUAAAUAUGAAAAGUCAUGGGAUACAGAAGCCCACCCAUCAAUCUAUGAUAAACACUUUGAUCGAUUCAUAAACACAAAAACAUUUAAGGAAGCCCUUUUAACAAUUCCAUUUUACGAAAGAAAUAGCAUUGAUGUGUCCAUAUUCACUGAAUCUGAUAUCCAAAAAAUGAACAAUAGGGCAUCAAUGUUUAAACAAAAUUAUAAAAUUCAUGAGCCUCCUCCACCACCAGAUUUCAGUGAUAGCAAAAAACAGAUAAUACUCGAUAUUAAAAACACUUCACAACAGGCAGACAAGGAAAUAAGAAAUACUGAAGAAAUUAAAAACAAAAGUAAAAAGUCUUCUUGUGAUAUCUCUGAUGAAAAUUUAUCAAUAAUUAUCAGAGAAGAGGAAAAUAUUGUCAUACCUAAAGAAGAAUUGAUCAGCGAUAUUAAAUUAGAAGAAAAUGAGAGAAUAGAGCCAUCUAAACUAAAUACUACUGUAAUUAAUGAUGAUAGUGGUUUUAAUAGUGUUUUAGAAGAUCUCAUAAAUAAAGAAACUACAGUAAUUAAUGAUCAUAGUGGUUUUAAUAUUGUUUUAGAAGAUCUCAUAAAAAAAGAUGCAGAUUUAAGUAAAGAAAUAGAAAUUACAUUAGAUAACACAGUUAAUCAUGAAGACAAUGAUAAAAAGACUGGAAUUGAAACAUCUGACAAGGUAGAUCUUGAGAAAUGGCUGGACGAAUUUUUAGACACAAAUUAAUUGUAAAAUGUAUGUAUAUAAUAGUGCAAAGGAAUUAAGAUUUAUAUAUUCAUCUCAGAUUUAAACAUAUAUGUCUGAAGACAAGAAGCUUCUCUUACCACUUGAUGGAUCAAUCCUAUAGAAAUGAAAGUCAAGGUGAAUGAGGGGCAUAUUAUCUAAAACAUAAUUGUGAAAUUGGGAGCAAGAAUUGCAAGAGAGAGAAUACCAAUAAGUGGUGUCAAAUUUUACAAUUACAGGCUAAAGUACUACCAAGUUCUCUCUAGAUUCCUGAAAUAACUACUUAAGCAGUAUCCAAUAAAUUUUACUUCUAAAAUGCUAUUGGAGAUUUUAAAAAGCACCUUCUAAUGACAUGUAAACCUAUUUUUGACAGAUUUAUAUGAAAUUUAACUAUUUAUUAUGAAUUACUUAGGCACAUGCAAGAUAAGCUGAAUAAUUUUAUUAUUAGUUCACAAGCAAAAGUAAAGCUGCCAAAGCCAAGGAAAAACUAUAGUGCAAUAUAAUGAUCACAUAUAAAUAAUAGUGUUGAAGAUCCGAUACAGAUUUGUCCUGCACUGUACUCAAUACAUUUGGUUAUUAAAAAACAUAUUAAAUUUCA